CCACUUCGUCUUUCUCCUUCCCUAUUUUCUGUGCUGCUUUGCUGAAGCUCUGCUUCCAUUUUUAUUAUCAUUUCAUUCUCUCAGAGUCAGACAGACAAGACUCAUUCUCUCUGCCCUCAAUCAAAACCAAAUGAAUUUUUUUAUAAUUAAUUUCUUCAUUCCCUUUAUAAAGUGAAACCAUACCCGAAUCUCAUACAGCCUAACCUAUUCUCCAUAAACAGAGCUCUCAGCCCUACCAACCUAACUUUUUUAUUUUGUGCUUCUCUCUCUCUCUCUCUCUUCCCCAAUUGGAAAGUGGAAACCCCAACUUUAUUCAGAAGCUCAGAGCUUGAAUUUUCUAAAUUAUUCGGACAAACAAGACAGAGAUCGCCACCCAAAAGACUCAAAAUUCCCACUUUUUUUCUCUUCCUGGUAAAGCUCUCAUUUCCAUCGAGUUCACGAUAACGUGGAAAAGGGGUUAUUUGUGAUAUUUGACCAUCUGAUGUUUUAUUUCCAAUCACUGCAUCAAAAACCUGUGAAUUAUUCAUCUAAGCCCCCCUUCCUGUACUCCAUUUGCUACAUUUUUCUCCCUUUGGAUUUUUUCUUUAUCUGUUGCUUCAAUUGUCUCCGAUUUCGCCUAAAACUUUGACACUUAUCAUACUGAAGCUCAAUUUGGUAUUUUGUGGUGGAUUUAAAGGAUUGAAAAUUUGUUUAUAAUGGCGGCUGAAAGAUAUAGGCCGGUGUCAAUAGAGGACUUGCCAUCACAUUUAGUUUUAGAAAUCUUGAGCUCGGGAAAGCUCAGUGCCAUUGAUCUUCUACAUUUAGAGUUAACUUCUAGGACAUUUGGAGGGAGUCAUGGGUUGUACCCUCACAAGUUUCGGUCACUGGUGGACUAUGCGGCGUAUCAGCUAUGUGUGUCCCAUUCUGUUUAUGGUAAAAUGGAAAGGAAUGCUCAGAGGGGGCUAUUUGAUCGGUGUGGUGGGAAAUGGAAGCGGGUUUUGAGGUUCUUGCAAUCGGUGGAGCAAUCAUCUGACAUGGUCGAGACCUCAGCAGGCAAUCAGAUGCAAAUUACAACUGGAAGGUAUCACACAUUGCUAAUCAGCAAUUCAUCAUUAUACUCAUGUGGUUCCAGCUUGUGUGGUGUUCUUGGUCAUGGUCUUGGGACUAAGCAAUGUGUAACAUUUACCCGGAUUAAUUUUCCAUCUCCAGCACAAGUAGUCCAAGUGUCAGCCUCCCAUAACCAUGCUGCUUUUGUUAUGCAAUCUGGAGAGGUUUUCACAUGUGGGGAUAAUUCAUCAUUUUGUUGUGGACAUAAAGAUACGAACCGACCAAUUUUUAGGCCUAGGCUUGUUGAGGCAUUGAAGGGACUUCCUUGCAAGCAGGUUGCUACAGGGCUUAAUUUUACCGUGUUCCUUACAAGACAAGGUCAUGUUUAUACAUGUGGGGCCAACACACAUGGCCAACUUGGUCAUGGAGACACCAUAGAUAGCCCGGCUCCAAAAAUGAUUGAACUUCCCGAGGGAAUUGGCUAUGUAGUUCAAAUUGCUGCUGGCCCGAGUUAUGUUUUAGCUGUAGCUGACAAUGGAGUAGUCUACUCUUUUGGGUCGGGUUCUAACUUCUGUCUUGGCCAUGGAGAGCAGCAUGAUGAGUUCCAGCCACGCGCAAUCCAAACAUUUAAAAGAAAGGGUAUUCAUGUUGUUCGUGUCUCUGCAGGUGACGAGCAUGCCGUGGCACUUGAUUCCAGUGGAUAUGUAUAUACUUGGGGUAAAGGCUACUGUGGUGCAUUAGGCCAUGGGGAUGAGAUUGACAAGACUACCCCAGAACUCUUGAACAAGCUUGAAAGCCACCUCGCCGUACAGGUGUGUGCUAGAAAGCGGAAGACCUUUGUUCUUGGUGACAAUGGUUCAGUAUAUGGUUGUGGUUGGAUGGGGUUUGGCAGCCUUGGAUUUCCAGACAGGAGAGUAUCAGAUAAAAUCUUGAGCCCUAGAAUCCUUGAUAGCUUAAGAGCUCAUCAUGUUUCUCAGAUUAGCACUGGGCUGUACCAUACUGUUGUUGUCACUAACCGUGGAAAACUCUUUGGAUUCGGAGAUAAUGAAAGGGCGCAACUCGGGCACGACACUUUAAGAGGAUGCCUUGAACCAACUGAAAUAUUUAUACAAGAAAUGGCUGAUGACGUGGAUAUUGUUCCAGAAUGCGUCUGACCUCGGAGAGAUACCAUUGGCUUCACUUAGUUGUAUGAUUUUAUGUCCAAAGUGAACACCAUUAGACUUUCCACCAUAAUUUUUAGGGAAUUUCACGAAAUUGUAACUGUGUAACUAUAGGGUAAAUAGCUUCUGUAUAAGUGAGAUUAAGAUGGAUUAUGCGUAAAACUUUAAUUGUUUUUUUUUUUUUGUGGUUUGAAAAACUAUGUUGUUGUGUUUAUCCAUUUUUGUGAUACUUGUGGGAAAUUAGAUUGCGUACGAAGAGUCUAGCUAUGACUGCAUUGUAACUUUGUUUCA